AUGGCUAUUCCAUUACCUAGCUCAUCCUCUAUAUUCUCUCUUUUGCUAAUGAUCCCAUUCAUAAGUACUCCCUCAUCAGCAAAUCUAGUUUUGAAAGUGAGCGAGUCUACGAUUAAUGCUAUCUGCACUGAGACCCUAAAUCCCUCUUUCUGUUUGGGGAUUCUAAAAUCAUAUGCUGAUCAUCCCCACAAAAGAGACAUUACAGGCCUUGCUCGAAUAACCAUUUACUUAGCAAAAUCCCAAGCUACAACCACAAGUGACCAAAUCCACUCCGUAAUACAACACACUGAUAAUCCUCAACUAACGGAAAGGUACACUUCUUGUUCCAAAAACUAUGAUAAUGCUAUUGGUGACUUUAAGCAAGCCAAAAAGAGAUUGAUAGAAGGUAACAAGAAUGGUCUAAAGGAUGCAGCGGCUACUGCUAUGGGAGAGUUUAAUGCUUGUGGAGAAAACUUUAGGCAACCACCAGCUGAUCCAUCUACACUACAAAAAAGCAACAAGAAUUUGUUAGAUUUUUGUAGUAUCAUUCUGGUUAUGACCAAAUUUCUGCCUUGA